AAAAAACCAGUGUCAACAGAAGUCGACCUCUACGAGAUCCUGGAAAUCUCGCGCUCGGCCUCAAAAACAGACAUCAAANAAGCCUACCACAAAGCUGCGCGCAUACACCACCCAGACAAAGUGCCCGAAGACCAACGCGCCGCAGCAGACGAUCGCUUCAAAGACAUCCAACAAGCCUACGAGAUCCUCAGCGAUGACUCCACCCGCGAAAUGUACGACAUGCACGGCAUGGCCGCUUUCGAAAAGGGAAAUCCUGGUGCUGGAGGUGCAGGACCCGAUUUAGACGAUAUUCUGGCGCAGAUGUUUGGGCAGGGGAUGGGUGGGAUGGGAGGAGGAGGUUUUGAGGGUAUGGGGGAAUGCCGGGGAUGGGAGGGAUGGGAGGUAGAGGACCCAGAAAGAGCAAGAAUGAAGUUCAGGNAAUAUGAGGUUUCGUUGGAGGAACUGUACAAAGGCAAAACCACCCGCUUCGCCUCUACCAAAAACGUCAUUUGCACGAAUUGCGAGGGUAGUGGUGGUAAGGCCAAUGCANAAGCCAAAGAAGUGUGGUACUUGCGAUGGCAGAGGUGGGUUUCUUCCCUGUCCCUUUUCUCUCUGAGAGGCUCAAAAGUCGCCCUCCGCCCCGUAGGCCCCGGCCUCGUAACUCAAGAAACCGUCCCCUGCAGCACCUGCUCCGGCCGCGGCAGCUACUUCCCGGACGACAAAAAAUGCAAANAGUGCAAAGGCGUGCGCACCACCUCCCAACGCAAAAUCCUCGAACUCUACAUUCCGCCAGGAAGCCGUCAAGGCGACAAGAUCGUGCUCGCAGGAGAGGCAGACCAAGUCCCCGACCAAGAACCCGGCGACAUCAUUUUUGAGCUUGUGGAACAGCAACAUGAGGUUUUCCAUCGUGCGGGUGCGGAUUUGCAGGCGGAGUUGAAAAUUAGUCUCCAAGAGGCACUCACAGGGUUUAACAGAGUGGUGUUGAAACACCUUGAUGGCAGAGGUGUUUCCAUGCAAGUCUCCCAACCCUCAGGUCGCAUUUUGCGCCCCGGCGAAAUCCUCAAAAUCUCCGGCGAGGGAAUGCCCAUCAAGCGCUCAGAUGCUAAAGGCGAUCUAUACCUCAUCGUGGAUGUCGUGUUCCCUGAAGACGGCUGGCUCAAGGACGAAGCCACCAUCAACAAAAUCAGAGAGGUGUUGCCAAAGACUGGCGCUGAAAAUAUCUCGGCGGAAGAGGUGGAUGAGGUUGACUUUGAGGUUGUCAAGGAUAUGGAUGACUUUGGCGCUGGAUCGGGAGACCCGAGGGCUGCUGAGUGGGAAGACGAUUCAGAGGAAGAGGGAGAAGCUGCUCAAUGCGCCCAGCAA